GCUUUCAACGUGGGCGAAAGUGCAAAUAAAUGGAGGUUGUGGCAGGCAGUCGGGACUUAGUCCGCGAAUAGGAAAGCACAAGACAUGGAGGAGGAGAACARCUACCGGUGUGACUAUGAGGGAGGAGCGGAGGCAGAGGCAGAGGCAGGCCUUCGGUGUCAGAAGAGCCGACACAUUCAGCUCCAGAGGGAAAGGCACCGACGACGGAUGGCCCAGUUUGUGGCAGCGGCGCUCCUUCUGCUGCUUUGCGGAGUUCUGGCGGUGUUCCUUACGUUCAGAGUAGAGAGGCCGUGCGGCUGUGCUACUGACAGCCAGACCAAGUCCCAGUCUGAACGGCAAUCAUCAGGUGUUGCUGAAAAGCUGCAACAACCUCAAAGUGCACAGAGGCUUCCGAUCGCUAUGUUGACAGUUGCAGUUGGUAAAAUCACGAAUGGAGACAAUCUUCUUUGGGAGAACAAAACGGGAGAGGCGUACAUUGAUGGAGGUUUCAGAUACGACAACGGGACUCUGAUGGUGCCCAGAAAGGGCCUCUACAGAGUCUUUCUGCAGACCCUGUUUGAGAUUGACACCUGUCACUGUGUUGAUGGUUUCCUAUCGCUCUCUAGCUUAGUUAAAAUCUUCAGACAAGGUUACGAGACGGAAACAUCGCUCCUGACAGCAGCGGAUUCAGUGGCUUGCAAUGAUCACAAGGGUGAUGUAGAAAAUUUAAAAAAAUCUCUGUUCACAUCUGGCAUAUUCAAGCUGGAUACUAAUGACAAACUAAGUGCAACUUCUUCUCACCCAGACUGUAUGGCUAAAAAUGAGCACAUGUCAUUCUUUGGAGCUCAGCUUGUGUUCGAUGAUUGGUCAGAUAGUUAGUGGCUCCUGAGUCCAUCGAUGCAGUUGCUUCAAUAAAAAUUGAUCACACCAGUGCAGGUUUAUGCUUUAAUACUCCACCUCUGUAGCGCCGAGUAGAACCUUCUUAGUAGCAGGUUAGCUUCUUUUCUACAUUUUCUUUUCAUUAACAGCUGCCUCAACACUGAUGCAAUUAAACUACACUAAUCAGUAACAAUUUAUUUCAAGGGGUGUGCAUGUUCAUGUUAUGAACAUGAAGGAGUCUUCAUGAGUGUUUAUGACUGUUGUUGUGAAGUGUCAUUUGGUAAAUAAUGACACUUUUAAUGCAAAAUUGUACUAAAAAUAGAAUUAAAAAUCCAUUAAAAAUGACACUUCAUGACCAUAACCAUUCAUGAACACUCCUUCAUGUUUGUAACUGGUGUUUUAUUAUAUUUCUGAUAAUAUUAUGUCAGUUUUAUGCAGACCCCUUCAAAUAAAGUGUUAAGCACUAAUCUAAUAUGUAAACUUUGAAUAUUGAUAUAUGAUAUUUUKAUAUAUUUUAUAUUUUACAUUUAUUAUAUUACAUAUUAUGCUGGGAUAAAAUAUUUUUGUGUUUCUAGAAAGCUUUUAAUUUAUUCUAAUUUAACAUAAAGGGAUAUAUAUGUAUUAUAGGGCUUGCAUCGGGCUGGGAGUUAUUUUAUAUUGUUUUUUUAUUAUCGUUUCCUAUAAGUUGGAGUCUUGAGGUGAUUCACUGGAAGCCACUUGUUAUGAAGCAAGUAACCAAGUAAAAAAGUAAGAGGGGAUUUUUACCUUGUACAUGUGGUGAAUGUCUAAUUAAGCAUUCAUUUUCCCAGGAUUUAUGACAAGCAUGAYUUUGUUUAUUUUUAGUAGCAAAUGUGUACAAAUAAAUUAAUUACAUUAAUUUAAAUCUGAUCUUUGCCAUCGUCAGUUUUCUUAUUUUUGUUAUUUAUUUUAAAAUGCAGCCCUUUGCUGGAGACAGUAAUUUGACCAGGUCAAAUUCUAUAGCUGUUACUGAAAUGUCUAAGGUCAGGCAGUCUUUUAGAGCCAGUAUAAAAGCUGUAUAAUACUUCAUUUGGAUGAAAAGACAGAAGAGCUACAYGUGAAACAGUUUGUCUGCUGAAGCCACUUCUGCAAUAUUAGAAGUUGCUAAAGACAAAUAAACAGGAAGAACUUAACCAGAUCUAGAAUGACGACAGAAGUUCCACUAAAAUCACAGUUUCUGCAGGGUAGCUCCAUGCAAGGUUGGCUGGAUUUAACUCAUCCAGGCUUCACAAUUGAACAAAAUACACAUAAAAAAUACUAAGCACAAAACCUCCCACUUCCACUGAUCUCUGUCCUGAAUCUACCAAACUAUAUUAACACACUGUAUUUACUCUCUCUUUACAGUCCUGCUGUGUCAUCAUGGUUUUUCUAACUGAUGAUGGGGGGGGGAUGACAUGUUAAAAAUGUAAACACGUCUGAUGGGUUCUGUGAAAUGCUUCAGCCAGCGCUGUGUGUGCUGCCUGUUUGGACCUGAGGACAGAUCCAAAUUAGAAACCUGUUAAAAUAUUUAUUUUGGCUUUUCACUUUGUUAUUUUUUUUCUAUUAAAGGUGCUGCUUUAUGAUGUGCUGAAAUGAUUGUUUGAAUCAUGGCUUGCAAGCUGUAUUUCUGUAUUCUCCAGUUAAUGCUGUGAUUUAACUCUUAAAAUGCCAUUGCUWUCUGUGAACUCUAUAGUUGGGAGUAUGUAUAGUGAUGGUCAGGGGUUCUGCAAUAAAGAUGAAUUCUAAAAAMAACACACACACACA